AUGAGCCUCAACGUGAUCGCCCUGAUAUCGGGCGGAAAGGACUCUCUCUACUCGAUCCUGCACUGCAUCCGCAACGGGCAUAAGGUCGUUGCGCUGGCGAAUCUCCACCCGCCGCCUCUCCCAGCAACCACCACCAGCAGCAAUAGCAAUAGCAAUGACGUAUCUACAGCAGAUGAUAUCGACAGCUUCAUGUACCAAACGAUCGGGUGGUCCGUCAUCCCGCUGUACGAAGAGGCGCUGGGGAUCCCGCUGUACCGGGCGCCGAUUAUCGGGGGAGCGGUGGAUGCGGGGAGGGUGUAUGGCGACGCUACUACCGCGGGUGAAGAAGAUGAGGACGAAACAGAGUCCCUCAUCCCACUCCUGAAAAAAGUCAUGGCCGCACACCCGGAGGCAAACGCCGUCUGUGCGGGCGCGAUCUUGUCCACGUACCAGCGGACAAGGAUCGAGGAUGUUGCCGGACGGCUUGGUCUCGUCCCGCUCGCUUGGUUGUGGCAGUACCCGUUUUUGCCUGCAGAGGCGCGGAGUACGGGGGCAGGAGAAGACGAGGCAGGCCUGCUGAGCGAUAUGGCGGCGGUGGGGUGCUCGGCGCGGAUAGUGAAGGUUGCGUCGGGUGCGUUGGACGAGGGAUUUCUAUGGGGUGAUGUUGCGGAUGCGUCUGGGGGGCUGAGGAGGAGGAUUGUCAAGGGCGUCAAGAGGUUCCAGAUGGGUGGGGGUGAGGAUAUUAGGGGGGCGGUGGUGGGGGAGGGAGGGGAGUAUGAGACGCUUGCUGUUGAUGGGCCGGGGUUCUUGUGGAAGGGGAGGAUUGAUAUUGCUGAUGAGGGGAGGGAGGUUCGAAGGGGUGAGGGGGGUGUUGGGUAUUUGAGGUUGAGCGGGGCGAGGGUUGUGAGUAAGAGUCAGGAUGAGGAGGAUGGGGUUACGCCGGGGGAUGUGAGGAGGCCGGUGUUGUUGGAUGGGGAAUUUGCUGGUGCUUUGGAUGGGUUGUGGGAUGGUGACGAGGGAGGGGGUGAGGAGGGUGUGGCUAUGAGGGAAGAUUAUCGAGCGUCUUGGACGUUCGACGAACCAGUUCAGUCCGUCAACGGCGGUUUAUGGACAGUAGCCAACAUUGCAGCACCUGAGGUUGGUCCUGGGGCAGCUGAACAAAUGGCUGCGAUAGUGAGGAAGAUCCAGAAGGUCCUGGCUACGCCCAUCACGAACGGGACACUCAGGUCAACAGCCGAUAUCGUAUUUACUACGGUCCUCCUUCGCUCCAUGGCGGACUUCCCGUCAAUGAAUGGUAUCUACGUCUCUCUAUUUGAUAAGCCGAAUCCGCCAGCGCGAGCUACGGUGGCAUGCGGUGAUAGCCUCCCCGAGGGGGUAAAUGUGAUGGUUUCGAUGGUUGUUGAUCUGGGGCCGCGGGCCCAAAGAGACGGCCUCCAUGUCCAGUCGCGAUCAUACUGGGCCCCGGCCAAUAUUGGGCCUUAUUCACAAGCCCAGUCUGUCCCUCUACAGGGGACAGAACGGGUGGUCUACAUUGCUGGGCAGAUCCCUCUGGAGCCGGCCUCCAUGGAUCUUGUUGAGGUAGAAAAACCUUCAGCACCUGGAGGACCAUCAUGGGCUGAGACAUACAGCUUACGAGCUGUUUUGUCGCUUCAACAUAUGUGGCGCAUUGGAGCAGCUAUGGAGGUUGGAUGGUGGCUAGGCACCGUUGCUUUCUUCACCGGGUCAGACCACACUAGAACCAGGGCUCAGCUUGCCUGGAAACUUUGGCAAAAAAUGCAUGACGCAAGUCUUCAUGAAGAUGAAGAGGAAGACGAGGAUUCAACUCUGGAUGUCUGGGACAUCAAGUACGGACGCCGAGGGCACGAGCAGACACAAACAAUAUCGCGACCCCAGCUCCCUAAUUUCGAACUGGUGGAGGCUAGCGAGCCCAAGACCCAAGUGCCGGCGUUUUUCGCGGUCCAGGUCCACGAACUUCCCCGGAACAGCGACAUCGAGUGGCAGGGAUUAGGCUACCGCUGCAACGGCGUGAAAUUAACCAGGUCUGAAACGGAAUUCGGGCGCACGACCGAUGCCACCACAAACGAAAAUUUCAAAUACUCCUGCAUCGAAAUUGAUAGCGCUGGUGCAGCAGACCUUGAAUCGCAGAUACAGCGCGUUCUGGAGGUCUAUAAGCUGCAACCGGGGACGUCACACUGCAUUAUCUACACCAGCCAGCCCCUACCCCAAGACUGCUGCCAAGGGCAAAUUGUCCCCUGCAAGUCUGUUUGGGGCGCCGAGGGAACAGAACUGGCCGCUGGUGUGAUUAUACAGAGACAGACAUGA